AAGAUGGGCAACAGUGCCUGCACAUGUAAGAGGUGUCGUUUGCCGUGUUCAGAGAAAAAGAAGAUAGAGCCAGUUAUUCAAAAACAAGUGUACCAAUCUAUCGCCGAUUUUCCAUCUAAUUUCCUGGGUAAUCAGACGCUCAAAAAAGGUGAUAUCUUGGAAGUAAUAGAGGAAAGAGAAAACUGGGUGUAUGCAAGGAUACGCACAGCAAAGAAUGGAUUUUCUGAAGAACAGAUCUAUGUACCAGCAGAUUUUCUCAAACCAGUGAAUAGUCUGGAGGCACAGCCAUGGUAUUUUGAAAACAUCAUAAGGCGUACUGAAGCCAAAAGAUGUCUGCUGAGACCAGAAAACAGUGAUGGUGCAUUUCUUGUGUGGCGAAGUAGAGAAAAUAAUAACUUCUACCUUUCAGUAAAGUAUGAAGACGUUGUGAGGCAUUACAGAAUUAAGGAAAGAGAAUCUGACAAAUGGUUUUACCUGGUAAAGCAGAAAGAGUUUCAGACCCUUUCUGAGUUAGUGGAAUCAUAUUCCAAACAUCAGGAUGGACUUUGUACAUGCCUUAAACUCCCUUGCGUUAUGCUUGAUAGGCCAUCCCUUCCCAGCCUGUCAUUUGAGGAGCAAUGGGAAAUCAACCGAAGCUCUCUGACCAAAAUGAAGAAGCUUGGCAGUGGUGAAUUUGGAGAAGUAUGGCACGGGGUCUGGAACAAUAUGAUAGACGUUGCUAUUAAAGAGUUUCGAGUCAUCAGCCCAGAUAUUCAGACAGAGAUAAAAAUCAUGAAGGCGCUUCAGCAUAAGAAUCUGCUCAGACUGUAUGCGGUGUGCACUGCUGAUGAGCCCUUCUGCAUUAUCACAGAGCUCAUAAAAAAUGGAAGCUUGAAGAAUUACCUCAUUGGCCACAAAGAUUUGAGAAAUAUUGAUUUUUCACUUAUGAUGGACUUUGCAGUGCAGAUUACGGAAGGGAUGUCAUACUUGGAGAGUAAGAACAUAGUUCACAGAGACUUGAGAGCUGAUAACAUUCUGCUUACUGAAAUGAUGUCCUGCAAGAUAGCAGAUUUUGGACUAGCUCAGUUUACUUUCGCACAAGAUCAGCAAUUAUCUUCAGUCAAAGUACCAGUAAAAUGGAUGGCACCUGAGAUCUUCAUGGGAAAAGAAUACACAAAAAAGUGUGAUAUCUGGUCUUUUGGGGUUCUCUUGAUUGAAAUUGUCACAUAUGGAAAUGAUCCAUACCCUGACCUUGACAAAGCAGCAUGUAUUCAGGCCGUUCAGAGGGGAUACAGGAUGAAACGACCAGCAGACUGCCCUGAAACACUGUAUGAUAUCAUGUUACUGUGCUGGAAUCACAACCCGGAUGAAAGGCCCACAUUCAUGGACCUUCAGGAAAGGUUAUUGAAGCUGAUUCCUGAAUCCUCUUUAGAUAUUAACUGAGAUAUUCUGGACACUGAAAGCAACUACCGAUUCAAACACAUGAUAUAUACUAUAUUCAUGCUGCCGCAUUGUAAAUCCUGUUGUGAUGUUUUGUAUUUAUACAGAAAGUCAUUUAAUCCUUCAGCACUGUCUUUAUGACAAAAAAAAAAAUCAUUUCACAUAUUUUGGCUGUGUUCACAUUUAAAAAGCUGGCAAUCGAGAGGCUACAUUUCUGAUUUAGUCAUCACUGCACCAAAAAAUAAGACCUAAAAUCCUUUAUUGAGCAUGUAGCCUUAAUAUUUAAAUAGUCAUUUUUAUCUAUGUACACUUUUCAUCUUUACACCGUUAAAUGAUAUCUGUUCCUGAUGAAACAGUGCAGGUUAGCCUCAAUCCUUGCUGCAAUCUAAAACAAAAAACUUACUGCAUAGAUUCUAAGUACUGUUUUGGCUGUUGAACUCAACUGAAGACAUGCCACAUAUCUAUCCUUAUUAACAUAUAACAAAUAACCAAGAAUGUUAAAUAAACAAUAAAGCAAUAUAUCUAAGGAUUCCAUGUAUCUACGGUCACUUAUGAUGUAUAAAAUAUUUAUUUUGGUGUAAGGUUUGCAACAAAGUUCAAUUUCUUUUUCCAUUUUUGAAUUUAUAUUAAACUUACAUUAUAGCAACAAUAUUCUGCAAUUACUGGUUGAGAUAUUUUAUGUAUCAUGCAUUAAAAUAGGCUUAAAGGUGUAAUGUACAAUACCAAGCUAACCAUAAAGCAGCAUCAGAAAAUCUGGUCCACAAAUAAAACACAAAUCAUUAAAUAAUACGCAUUAAUUAUACCUUUUUCCUUUGUAGUCAAAUUCCUUCAUUAGUUAUCACUGUCUCACUGUCAUUUCUGUGUAACAAUUAACAAUGUUUUAUACAUUUGUAAUUAUACAACUCACCUGAUUUUCCAUAAAAUUGCAUUUUACACACAAAUACUAAAGUGAAUAUAUUCAAGUAAAUCUUUAAACAUUUGAAGGAUUUCAAACAUCCUGAAAAAUGUGACAGAACAAUUUUUUAGUAAAGUGUGCACAAUAAAGAAGUCUAUGAAAUGUAA